GUUUGUUAGUCUUUAGUUGUUGGCUUUCUUUCAAACUCUCUUCAUUGUUCAUCUUCAUAAAAGCAAACAUUUCUUGAAACCCCAUUUCAUGCUUUUGAAGAAGCCAUGGAAGGGACAAGAAAGAUCAUGAGAAGAUCAAUCUACAAUUUCCUUCAAAACUAUCAAAACUUCACCACAAUUGCUGCUCUAUUGGCCUUUCCUUUCUCUGUCUCAGUUUUGCUCUCACAAUCCUUUCUUGUUCCUUCAUCUUCUUCUUCAAUCCACAAUAGGCUAAGAGCUCUGUUUGAGGCUGCAGGGGUGCCAGAAUCUUCUCAACCCUUCAAAAUUCUGACUCUCAAGCUCUCUCAAACAAUCUCUUCUUCAAUCUUUACUCUCCCUUUUAGUCUCACUUUCUUUCUUGCCUCCAAAGCAUAUGUAAUUCAUACUCUUCAUCAAAAUAAAUCAACAUUUCUUCUCUGCAAACCUCUCUUUGUUACUUAUUUAUGCAGCUUGUUUAUUGUCCUCUCCGCGAAUGCAACCGCGUUGUCGAUCUUCUUCUUGGGUUUCAAUCUUGUUCAAGAAACAUUGUUUUUUUCUCCCAAUUGGGUACUCAUAUUGUCUGCUACCGGGGCUGUAAUCUACUCGGUGAUUCUUGCGAACGCGGUGGUGGUUUGUAACUUGGCGUUGGUUUUGUCAGGCAUUGAAGGGUGUGGAGGAUGGAUUGCAAUUCUCAAAGCUUUGGUUUUGAUGAGAGGGAGAACAUCAACUGCACUCUCUCUUGCAGUUCCUGUGAGUAUAGUUCUCGCAGGGAUCGAGGCAUUGUUUCAAUACAGAUUAGUGAGGGGAGGUGAUAGAAGUUAUGGACAUUCUUCCACUCCUGCCAUGGCCAUGGAGGGGAUGUUGAUUGCUUACUUGUACUCAAUUUUUCUGGUUCUUGAUACUGUUGUCAAUUGUAUGUUCUUCAAGAGCUGUAUGAGGGCGGUGGAACGAGAAGCUAUGAACUCUUGCCAGAAUAGUGUCGUAGAGGAGGAGGAGAGUUAUUUUCUUAUAAGCUUGAAAUCAGUGGAGGAGAUUCCAUGAAUGAACAAAUGAAUAGAUGUGAUCCUUUUUUCUUCCACUUCAAAGCAUACAAAGUAAACUUCUUUUUCUAGAUUUGCUUUUGUUAAUAGAGGGAAAACCUCAGGAGAAGCAAAAGAGAUACAACAAUUUCUCUGUUACAGCUCCAUUUUCAUCUUCUUAUUUAGGGUUGUAUAUAGAUUGUUUCAUGGAUUGGGAUAUACAAUCAAGAUGGAAAUGGGAAAAAAAGAGAGGCUACAGCAGUGUGUGAAAUGAUGAGUUUUAUAGGCUUGGGACCAAGAAUAAAAGCUUCUCUGUUCCCUUCUCUUGCUUUUCAUUA